AUGUGGGACCCCCGCGCCCCGGCCUCGCCCGUGCGGUGCCCGCUGCGGCUAGUGCAGGAAUGGGGUGCCGCCUCCCCUCCCGGGUGGAUGGCCCGGCCCGGGGGCGGCGCGCAGCGAUGGUUCCCCGCGCCGCCGCAGCUGCUGCAAUGCGCCAUUUUCGGUCCCGCAGAGUCCGGCGCUGGGGUGAGAGUUGCCAACGAGGUGUCGCGCCCCCCACAUCAGAGUCAACUCACAUGUCACCGAGAGAAGGAUGAGAGGACCGUUUCCUCUCCGGAGUCUGCGGCUAGACACCCGAUCGGGAAACGCUGCGGUGAAGCCGCCCGCACCUCCGAACUCCGCCUCUGGCUGCCCACCGGAGCUCUAACUGCGGUGGAACUUACUGCAGUUGCCGCGCCGGCCCCAGUCUUUAUCAGUGCUGGCCACGCCUCCCGGAUCAAGCUGACAACCCUGCAGCCCAAUCCAUGCCCAGGACGGGCGCUAGUCCCCGAAGCGAAGGCCGGACAAGGCCUAGAGUGCCCGCCCCAGAAAAUCAGCCAAUCACAGCUCUCUUCUCCUUCUGAUUCUGGAAAGGAGCUGCACCGGGAGGAUCUGACCAAUACAACUCUGGCUUGCUUACCUGUCUAA